AUUCAAAAGUGAGAAAAAUACUAAUUAAUAGUUUUACACGAAAUUUUCUCUAUAAUAAAUAUUAAAUUAAUGAAAUUAUAAAAUAAAUAGCCAGCAACAAUAUGGGUAAUCAAUUAGUUGGUAUAGCACCAUCUCAAAUUUAUCCUGUAGAACAUUAUUUCUCGGGGCAGUUCGGCAGUGAAAUUGUAUUCGAUUCCAACAUGGGGAGUACCCGUUUCUUUAAGGUGGCCAAAGCUAAAUCGGAAGAGGGCCUUAUAGUGGUAAAGGUUUUUGUUAAACAUGAUCCUACAUUGCCUUUGGAAGACCAUAAGGAGCGGGUAGAGUUUAUAAAAAAGACUUUGGCAAAUGCAGUUAAUUGUUUGCCUUUUCAAAGGGUGGAGCUUACCGACAAAGCAGCUUACAUUAUGCGUGAGUAUGUUAAACACAGUCUUUAUGAUCGUGUCUCCACAAGACCCUUUUUGACGGUACUCGAAAAGAAAUGGAUUACAUUUCAAAUUCUAUGUGCUCUUAAUCAGUGUCACAAGCAGAAAAUCUGCCAUGGCGAUAUCAAAUUGGAAAAUAUUUUAAUAACAUCGUGGAAUUGGAUUCUGCUGUCCGACUUUGCUUCUUUUAAACCCACUUAUUUGCCCGAAGAUAAUCCGGCUGAUUAUACCUAUUUCUUUGAUACAAGUAGAAGACGUACUUGUUAUAUAGCACCCGAAAGAUUUGUUAAAACUUUGUCAUCAGACGACGCAGAUGGUAAUGCUUCAAUGUUUCCUACAGAUUCUAUAAUACGUUUGGGACCAUACUAUUCGGGUACUACGCUGCUACCAGCUAUGGAUAUAUUUUCAGCUGGUUGUGCCCUAUUAGAAUUAUGGUCUGAAGGUACUGCACCUUUUGAAUUUUCACAGUUAUUAACCUAUCGCAGUGGUGAACGUGAACUGGUUGAAAAACAUUUGCAAGGCAUAGAGAAUGAACGUUUACGUGAUCUUCUAACUUCUAUGAUUGAUUUAAAUUCCAUGAAUCGUAAAAGUGCUGAAGACUAUUUAGAUCAGGAACGUGGACGUUUAUUUCCCGAAUAUUUUUACUCCUUCUUACAAUCUUAUUUGCAAAUGUUUUCUUCAUCGCCCAUAAUGUCGCCAGAUGAUAAAAUAAUGCGCUUACAUUCGGAUAUUAAUCACUGUAUUAAAGUUUUAACUUCUGGUGUGUGUUCGGAUUUAACACCCGAAUCUGAGACUGCCGAUGAUAAACAAGUGAAGGACAUAGACAGCGAAGAGGACGAAAAGAAAGAUUCAGAAUCAUGUGCAAAUAUGUCUCCGGAUCAAGAUGGUUUAAUUUUAAUAAUUACUGUUGUAACUUCCUGCAUACGAGGUUUGAAACACUCGAAUACGAAGAUUUGCUCUUUGGAAAUAUUGCAAAAACUUUCAAAAUACACAACUUCGGAAACAAUACUCGAUCGGAUAUUGCCUUAUAUACUUCACUUGGCUCAGAACUCUUCUGCAAAAGUACAAGUUCAAGCUAUUGAAACUCUAACAGCUUGUUUGAGUAUGGUCAAGGAUAUACCGAGAAGUGAUGCUAAUGUAUUUCCCGAAUAUAUUUUAUUAUCAAUUACCAAGUUGGCGAAUUGUGAUCAAAGUUCUGUAAUUGUUAGAGUGGCGUUUGCUAGGAAUAUAGCAAAAUUAGCAAAAAUAGCCAUUUAUUUUUUGGAAGAAACACAACGUAAUUCUCCCAAUGAUAUGCCAACAAGACGUUAUGAAGCUGAACUAAAUGCUCUGCACGAAAUUAUACGCCAAACGGUCUUGAGUUUACUAACAGAUCCUAAAGCUGUUGUCAAGCAAACACUUAUGGAAUCUAAUAUUUGCGAUUUGUGUGCUUUCUUUGGCAAAGAAAAGGCCAAUGAUGUUAUUUUGUCUCACAUCAUGACUUUUCUCAAUGAUGAAGAUAAGAACUUAAGAGGAUCAUUUUAUGAUAACAUAGCCGGUGUAGCUGGUUACGUAGGCUGGCAGGUAUCCGACAUUUUAGUGCCUCUUUUACAACAGGGUUUUACGGAUCGUGAAGAAUUUGUUAUUGCCAAGGCCAUAAGAGCUGUUACCAUACUCAUCGAAUUGGGCCACAUAAAAAAGCCAACCGUUACCGAAAUCAUACAAGAUACAGCUUGCUAUUUGUGUCAUCCCAAUUUGUGGAUAAGACACGAAAUAUGCGGCAUGAUUGCAACUAUGGCCCGUACUUUGUCUGCCAUAGAUGUACAAUGUAAAAUAAUGCCAGCUAUAGCGAAAUUUCUUAAGACACCAUUAAUACAGGUCGAAAAACCAGACAUUCUAUUAGAUUGUAUUCUGCCACCCAUACCACGGCAGGUUUAUGACAAUGUGCUGCGUUACGCAGAUGUUCACAAAUUUAUACACGCUUUGGAGGAUAGAGCAAAAGUACGCAGUAUCACACGUCCUGGUUUGGUGCCACAAUAUGGCGAUAUGGGUCAGACAUUGAGCAGUCUAUUCCGUCGUUUAAAUUCCGAAGGCCUAACCGACCAGGUUGAAAUGCAACUAUUGGCCAUGAAAAUUUUUCUGGUAAAACUAAAAUACAAAUCUCAGCAAGAUGUCGAUGAGCCGUCUAUAUCAUCAAAUGGCCGAAUUAGUUUAAAUCGCAAAUAUAUUGUGUGUCAUGACUUUGCGUUGGUCGAUAAGCAUUCAACCACUAAGAUGACAUUAGAACCUAGAGUUAGUGAGGGCAUUACACCCACCUCACCCAUGUCAGAUGUGGUCGUUUCACCGGGUGGUGGGUUAUCGGGUAGUCCUGCUUCGGGUGUAAUUGUUUUGGGUGCUCAGGUAACUACAGUUAGCGCCGCAACUUCUUUGGGCGAGUACACAAUGCCAGAAAGGAAUUAUUGGCAGGAACGUUCGUCAGAAUGUCGCAAAGAUUUAGAAAGUUUACGCACAAAGAUGAAAAGUCGUUAUAGCGUGUUGGCAUUAUCACAACGUAGUCACUUGGAUAAACAUAACAGCCCAUAUCCGCACGGCUGGCGUUUAGGAGGUACUAUGGUCGCCCAUUUACAUGAACAUUCCGAAUCUGUUAUCAAACUGACCUCACUUAAGCCAUAUGGAUCACUUUUUGCCAGCGGCAGCAUAGAUGGUACUGUACGUUUGUGGGAUGCAAACAAAUUGAGUGGAAGUCACGGUAUAAAUAAAUCACGACAAGUUUAUACGGCCAAUACACCAAUAUAUUCAUUGGCUGCUUGCGAUAAUGGACAAUCGUUGGCAGUUGGUGGAAAAGAUGGCAGUUUGUUAAUAAUGCGCAUAGAUAGAAAUUCCUCAAAAAUGACAUUACAACAAGCUUUGCAUUUAGAUCAGAACGAAAACGAAGGACCUGUAGUGGAUAUGCAUUCCUAUGAACAAUGUUCUCAAAGUGUUAUUAUCUAUGCCACUCUCUAUGGUGGUAUAGUGGCCUGGGAUACACGCAUGCAAAACAGUGCUUGGCGUUUGCAAAAUGAACUGAGACAUGGUGUCAUUACCACUAUAUGUGCUGAUCCCACUGGCUCUUGGUUAGUGACCGGCACUAGUGGUGGCAAACAUAUUUGUUGGGAUUUAAGAUUUCGUUUGCCUAUAGCGGAAAUAAAACAUCCAGCUGAUUCCUGGAUACGUAAAGUGGCUUGUCAUCCCACAGAACCAUCGUGUCUAAUAUCCGCAUCACAAUCUAAUAAUGAAGUUUCCAUAUGGAAUAUAGAAACAGGUCAUCGUCAUACUGUUUUAUGGGCUAGUACAGCACCAGUAUUAUCCUACACUAGUAUGAACGAUCCUGCUACCACAUGUGGCAUUUUAAGUGGUGUAGUGGAUAAUGCUCCCUUUAUAAUAACUGGUAGUUCAGAUCAACGUUUACGUUUCUGGGAUAUAACACAACCGAAAAUGUCUUCAUUGAUUGUACCAUCCUCAAAGGAUAAUCUCAAUGAUGUAUCCUUUAACUAUGAUUCCCGUUUAAUUGAGGGCAGCCAAGUCAUAGAAGAGAAUAUUAUAUCGCUGGGCAAUGUGGCUGAUAUUAAUUCUCUUAGAGCUUCUAGUGAAGAGAAUCCACGCUCGGGCCCAGAAAUGCCUUCGGCUAGUCAUCAUGAUGCUAUCACUGAUCUACUUAUGUGCAAAACGGAUAAAGAUCAAAUUUAUGUGGCUUCAGCCGCACGUGAUGGUGUUAUCAAGUUGUGGAAAUAACUUCAUGACAACCUUUUUAUUUUAUUUUUUCUAUUUUAAAAACGUAUUAUUUUUUACUGUGAUUAUAUUUAAGUUUUAUGAUUUAAAAUUAUUUAAACAAUUUGAGGAUUCAAAUGGUCUGCUAUUAGGUCAUAUUGUCACAAUGUCCUAAAAUAUUAUUUUAGUUUAAACAAAUUGUUGUUGUGCUGCAAACAAAAAAGUUAUUUUAUGACAAAACAAUAACCAUAAUUCAAAAAGUCUUAUUAGUUUAGAACUUUUUUAUUUAAAACACAACAAAAAUUUGUUUAAACUAAUAAAUAAUAUUUUAGGACAUUAUGACAAUACGAACUAAUAGCAGACCGUUUGAAUCCCCCAAAUAUGAAUAUGUAACCGUUUAAAAUAAAAGUAUGUAGUCAAUAAUACACAA